UAAGGCGGCAAAACAUGACAGAAGCCGGGUUUAUUUUGGCUCCUCCCUUAUCAGCUGGUUUCUUUCUGGAUCCUACUGCAAUGGCGGAGCAGCAGCAAUUUUACCUCUUACUGGGGAACCUGAUGAGCCCUGAUAAUAAUGUCAGGAAGCAAUCGGAGGAAACAUAUGACACCAUCCCUGGAUCAACAAAGAUAAGUUUCUUGCUGCAGGCCAUUCGUGAUGCAUCUGCUGCUGAGGAGGUUAGGCAGAUGGCAGCUGUCCUGCUACGGCGAUUGUUGUCCUCAUCUUUUGAAGAAGUCUACCCAAGCCUGACGAUAGACGUUCAGACUGCCAUUAAAACAGAACUGCUUGCCAGCAUCCAGUUAGAUGGACCCUCUAGUAUCCGUAAGAAGAUUUGUGAUGUAGCUGCUGAGCUGGCCCGCAAUCUUCUCGAUGAUGAUGGAAACAACCAGUGGCCAGAAAUUCUCAAGUUUCUGUUUGACUCUGUGAACUCUCAGAAUGUUUGUCUUCGAGAGGCUGCGCUACACAUUUUCUGGAAUUUCCCAGGUAUAUUUGGCAACCAGCAGCAGCAUUAUAUGGAAGUCAUAAAGCGCAUGUUGGUGCAGUGCAUGCAAGAUCAGGAGAACCCACAGAUACAUACACUCGCAGCACGUGCAACUGCCUCCUUUAUUCUCUCCAACGAGAGCAAUAUGGCAAUACUUAAACAUUUCUCGGAUCUCCUGCCUGGCGUCCUACAGGCAGUCAAUGAAUCCUGUUACCAAGGUGAUGAUUCCGUGCUGAAGUCACUUGUGGAAAUCGCUGACACUGCCCCUAAAUACCUGAGACCAAACUUGGAGGCCACUUUACAACUCUGUCUCAAGCUGUGCGCGGAUACAAGUUUAACGAACAUGCAGAGGCAGCUGGCCCUUGAAGUUAUUGUAACACUCUCUGAAACGGCUGCUGCCAUGUUGAGGAAACACACCGCCAUUGUGGCUCAGAGUGUGCCGCAGAUGUUGUCUAUGAUGGUGGACUUGGAGGAGGAUGAGGAGUGGGCAAUGGCAGAUGAAUUAGAAGAUGAUGAUUUCGACAGUAACGCUGUGGCCGGUGAGAGUGCUCUAGACAGAAUUGCCUGUGGCCUUGGAGGCAAAAUUAUGCUGCCCAUGAUUAAACAACACAUUAUGCAGAUGCUACAGAACCCGGACUGGAGGUACAGACAUGCCGGUCUUAUGGCACUCUCUGCCAUCGGUGAAGGCUGUCAUCAGCAGAUGGAGUCCAUUUUGAAUGAAAUCGUCAGUUUUGUCCUGCUGUUCUGCCAAGAUCCUCAUCCCAGAGUUCGAUAUGCAGCUUGUAAUGCUAUUGGUCAGAUGGCCACAGAUUUUGCUCCUACUUUCCAAAAGAAAUUCCAUGACAAGGUCAUCUCUGCCCUUCUCCAGACCAUGGAGGACCAGUCGAACCCUCGUGUUCAGGCUCAUGCUGCGGCAGCUCUAAUUAACUUCACUGAAGACUGCCCCAAAGCUCUUCUCAUUCCCUACCUGGAUAAUUUAGUUCAGCACCUCCAUGUCAUCAUGGUGGCUAAGCUCCAGGAGCUCAUUCAGAAAGGUACCAAGCUGGUGCUGGAACAGGUGGUGACCUCCAUUGCAUCUGUGGCUGACACAGCAGAGGAGAGGUUUGUUCCUUACUAUGAUCUUUUCAUGCCCUCCCUUAAACACAUCGUAGAGAACGCUGUACAGAAGGAGCUUCGUCUGCUAAGAGGCAAAACCAUCGAGUGCAUCAGUCUAAUCGGUCUCGCUGUGGGCAAAGAGAAGUUUAUGCAUGACGCCUCAGCGGUGAUGCAGCUGCUCCUCAAGACACAGACGGACUUUAAUGACCUGGAGGAUGACGACCCACAGAUCUCCUACAUGAUCUCCGCAUGGGCCAGGAUGUGCAAGAUUCUGGGCAAAGAAUUCCAGCAGUACCUUCCUGUGGUUAUGGGACCACUUAUGAAAACUGCUUCAAUCAAGCCAGAAGUAGCUCUCUUAGAUACCCAGGACAUGGAGAAUAUGUCUGAAGAUGAUGGUUGGGAGUUUGUGAAUCUUGGAGACCAGCAGAGCUUUGGCAUCAAGACUGCCGGAUUAGAAGAAAAAGCUACAGCUUGUCAGAUGCUGGUAUGCUAUGCAAAGGAGCUAAAGGAAGGUUUUGUGGAGUAUACAGAGCAAGUUGUCAAGCUGAUGGUUCCUUUGCUUAAAUUCUACUUCCAUGAUGGUGUGCGAGUAGCUGCUGCCGAGUCCAUGCCUCUGUUGUUGGAAUGUGCUCGUGUGAGGGGUCCCGAGUACCUCACUCAGAUGUGGCAUUUCAUGUGUGAUGCUCUCAUCAAAGCUAUUGGCACCGAGCCAGAUUCAGAUGUGCUGUCAGAGAUCAUGCACUCUUUUGCUAAGUGCAUUGAGUUAAUGGGAGAUGGCUGUCUAAACAGUGAGCACUUCGAGGAGAUGGGAGGCAUUCUGAAAAGCAAACUGGAGGAGCACUUUAAAAACCAAGAGCUCCGACAAGCCAAAAGACAAGAUGAGGAUUAUGAUGAGCAAGUUGAAGAAACGUUACAAGAUGAGGAUGAGAAUGAUGUAUACAUUCUUACCAAGGUGUCGGACAUUUUGCAUGCUGUGUUCUGCAGUUACAAAGAGAAAGUGCUUCCUUGGUUUGAGCAGCUUUUACAGCUUAUAGUCAAUCUUAUAUGCCCACAUAGGCCCUGGGCUGACAGACAGUGGGGUCUAUGCAUUUUCGAUGAUGUGAUUGAGCACUGCAGUCCUUCUUCAUUCAAAUAUGCGGAGUACUUCUUGCGGCCCAUGAUGCAAGCCCUGUGUGACACUAGCCCAGAGGUACGGCAGGCUGCUGCUUAUGGGAUUGGAGUCAUGGCCCAGUUUGGAGGAGAGAACUACAGGCCCUUCUGCACAGAAGCGAUUCCUCUCCUGAUUGGAGUGAUCCAGGCUGCGGAUUCCAGAGCAAAGGAAAAUGUUAACGCGACAGAAAACUGCAUCUCUGCUGUUGGCAAGGUCAUGAGGUAUCGACCCGAAUGCAUCAAUGUUGAGGAGAUCCUCCCACACUGGAUUUCAUGGCUGCCGCUCAAUGAAGACAAAGAAGAGGCUGUUCACACGUUUAAUUAUCUGUGUGAUCUUAUUGAAAGCAACAAUCCUACUGUUCUUGGACCUGACAACGCAAACCUUCCCAAGAUAUUCCUCAUAAUUGCUGAAGGGGUUGCUAAUGAAUCUAUUAAAGCUGAAGAUCACUGCAGCAAGAGACUAGCAAAUGUCAUUCGUCAAGUACAAGUCUCUGGAGGACUUUGGACACAGUGUGUAUCGACGCUUAAUGAAACUCACCAGAAGGCCAUUCAGGAUCUCCUUAACACAGCGUAAAUUAAGGCUUUAUGGUCCACCUUAGAGAGAGGUCACUUUUUCCAACCCCGAAUCUCUGACCCACCCAUUGAGUAAUAAACUGUAGUAUUACUUGAUCGUAGGGCUAAGAUCCGAUAUGCCCUCCCCCUCCUUAAUGGGUGUAGUAUUCAAUUCUCAGAAGUCGUUGUGCUCAUCUUAUUGAGAGUUUGGAGGCAACAUUAGAUGUUCAAAUAUUGCCAAUGUAGGAACUGUUCCACUUAUAGUUCGGGUUAUCAAAUUGUGUUGUCCCAUCGUCUCACACUAAGGAGAUUGGCUCAUCUACAUUUUUGCAGCUUUAGUUCAAACACGGAUCCCCCAUUGACUGUAGCGUCUACCGGUAGAGGGGAAAGCCAGUUAUUUUUGCACCCAUGCAGAUGUGAUGUAAUUGCUAACAGCAAAUCUUCUGUCCACUCACUCCAGAAUAUAAAAAUAAAAACACAUGAUAUUGA